CCGCAUACCCGUGCGACCCGAGUUGAAGGGUUCUGGCUUUUUGGACGAGUUCCGAAGAGGGGGGUUGGGGUUUUGAUUUUGGGGACUGUUAAAGGAAGCAAAAAAAAAAAAAAAAAAAAAACGCGUUUUAAAACAUGGCAACGGUAUUAAUAAAGUCACUUUGCAAGGCAAAGGCACUCCAUCAGGCUGGGCGCAUGUGUUACUCCACAUCAGCGCCAACAACCAAGCUGUUCAUAGAUGGGAAGUUUGUGGAAUCUAAGACUUCAGAAUGGGUGGACAUCCACAACCCUGCCACCAACGAGGUUAUUGGACGGGUCCCCAAAGCCACCCAGGCGGAGAUGUUGGCUGCAGUGGACUCCUGCUCGAGGGCCUACCACUCCUGGUCGGAGACUUCCAUCUUGACCCGUCAGCAGAUCUUCUUGCGCUAUCAACAGCUCAUCAAGGAAAACAUUAAGGAGUUGGCGAAGCUGAUCACGCUGGAGCAGGGCAAGACGCUGGCUGAUGGCGAGGGGGACGUAUUCCGUGGAUUGCAGGUGGUGGAGCACGCCUGCGGCAUCACCUCCCUCAUGCUGGGAGAGACGUUACCGUCCAUCACCAAGGACAUGGACACCCACACCUACCGGCUGCCGCUUGGCGUAUGUGCCGGCAUCACGCCCUUCAACUUCCCGGCUAUGAUCCCUCUCUGGAUGUUUCCCAUGGGCAUGGUUUGUGGCAACACAUAUUUAUUGAAGCCCUCCGAAAGGGUGCCUGGAUGCGCAAUGCUGCUGGCCAAAAUGCUGCAGGAUGCUGGAGCUCCUGAUGGAACCCUCAAUAUCAUACACGGCCAGCAUGAAGCUGUAAACUUCAUUUGUGAUCAUCCUGCCAUCAAGGCCAUAAGUUUUGUGGGCUCCAACCAAGCUGGGGAGUACAUUUACGAGAGAGGCUCUAAGAACGGCAAGAGGGUGCAGUCCAACAUGGGAGCAAAGAACCACGGUGUGGUGAUGCCUGAUGCCAACAAGGAGAACACACUAAACCAGCUGGUGGGGGCAGCCUUCGGGGCAGCAGGCCAGCGUUGUAUGGCCCUGUCGACCGCCAUACUGGUGGGUGAGGCCCGCAGCUGGCUGCCCGAGCUGCUGGAGCGCGCCAAGGCACUACGCGUCAAUGCAGGUGACCAGCCAGGGGCGGAUGUGGGGCCCCUGAUCACACCCCAGGCCAAAGCCCGUGUGGAAAGCCUGAUCCAAAGCGGCGUGGAUGAGGGUGCCACUCUGCUGCUGGAUGGGCGCAACGUUCAAGUCAAGGGCUACGAGAACGGCAACUUUGUGGGGCCGACCAUCCUGAGCAAAGUCACGCCCCAGAUGAAGUGCUACACGGAAGAGAUCUUCGGGCCGGUGCUUCUCGUCCUGGAGGCCGACAGCCUGGAUGAGGCUGUCGGAAUUGUUAACAAGAACCCCUACGGCAAUGGCACGGCCAUCUUUACCACCAAUGGGGCUACAGCCCGCAAAUACACGCAUGAGGUGGAGGUGGGCCAGGUCGGUGUGAACGUCCCCAUCCCGGUCCCUCUGCCCAUGUUCUCCUUCACGGGUUCCAGGGGUUCUUUCCGUGGUGACACCAACUUUUACGGUAAACAGGGAAUCUACUUUUACACUCAGAUCAAGACGGUCACCUCGCAGUGGAAGGCAGAGGAUGCCACCUUGAAAUCGCCUGCUGUGACCAUGCCCACGAUGGGGCGCUAAGCUGACUUCCUGGCAAGAAAAUCUCCUGCAACUCCUUGAUCGAGGGAGCACUAGAUUUUAAGUGACUGUCUCUUCCCCUUAACUGCCACUGAUCAUGAAACCAACAAACCUCCACAACACAAGUGUAAAAGUAGGCCUUAAAGUUCAGACAAAUGCUAAUUUACUGGUCAUUUCAUUCUUCUGUCAUUUUUGCUGCUGCACAACUGCCUGUGACAUUUCAUGUGUUCAGUAACAUUUUUUCUGAACUAUACAGGUUUCUACUUACAGGUGAUGUAGGUUGACUUGUGUAACGAAGCUGUAACAUUGUAUAGUAUAUGCAGUAGUCCUAACAUGACAACAGUAGUCCUGUAGAUUUUCCCCAUAAGAUUAUUGAAUGAAAUGACCUGUACAAUUAAUAACUUGAUUGUGCCCACAUGGAACUGUUUCUUGAAUGUCAGGGUGUAUAACAUGUUAUUCGUUCUCUCCAGAAUGUGACGUUUUUGAAUUAAACUAGCAGUUCUUUAGCUCAUGUUGCAUCACACACAGAUGUCUGUGAAGCAAUUGUCAAAUCAACACAAACAGUAAGCCUUUUAUUUAUCAGCUGUUACCCAAAAACGUUUAGAUUUAUACACUUAGCAGACGCUUUUGUCCAAAGAGACUUACAACGGAUACCAUGUAGUGUUACUAGCCCACACAC